AUGAAGUCUUUCUGCGUGUAUCCUCUCAGCUCACCAUUUGUUUUUAAUAUUCAUAAACCUUCUUCAGAGAUUGAUAAGAACAGAAGUAACCACUUCAUAUUGCAAUCCGCCUUUCCCAGGGAGCUCACUUUCUCAAAUGUAUUGCUUUCACUGCGUACAAGUAUUGAGAAUAGAAACCCUAUUCUAGGUUCUAGUCUUCAUGCCAAAAUACUCAAGUUAGGACUUGAUGCUGAUGUGUUUCUCAGCAACUCUCUUUUAGACAUGUAUGUAAAGUGUGGCCAGAUUAACGAUGCUACAAAUCUGUUCGACCAUAUGCCUCACAGAACUAUUGUCUCGUGGACUUGUGUGAUUUCGGGUUAUUGCCAGAACGAAUUGGUAGAUGAGUCGAUAUUGUUGUUUUCGAGGAUGUUGGACACUCUGCAGCCUAAUGAAUUCACUUUGGCAGUGCUUUUAAAGGCUUGUGCGGUUAAGGGUGACGAAAAAUUGGUUGAAGUUGUUCACUGUUACGCAAUAAAAUAUGGGCUUAUUGCAGAUGAUUACUUGCAGAAUUCCUUAAUUGACGCAUAUGCUAAAUCUGGGAUGUUGGGGGCUGCAGAUAGGCUCUUGGAUAGACUUUGCAGCAGAGAUGUGGUUUCCUGGACUUCUGUAAUUUCAGGCUGUGUAUAUAAUGGAAUGCUCGAGAGAGCAAUUAUAAUGUUUUUCGAGAUGCAAGAAGAUGGGGUCAUUCCAAAUGAGGUAACAAUGCUGAGCAUGCUACAAGCCUGCUCUGAAAUUAACACUUGGGAGAUGUUUUGCUGGAUCCACGGAUUGAUUUUGAAGCAAAAUUGGUGUAAAAAUGCUCUGGUGCUGAAUUCUUUUAUUGAGAUGUAUUCUACCAAUGGGUACUUCAAUGAAGGCAUGAGAAUCUUUUGUGAUAUGUGCUUUACUGGUGAAGGUUUAUAUCCAAGUACAGAGACUAUAGCAAACCUUCUUCAGGGGUGUGCAAAUUCCAGCUUUUUGAAGCUUGGGAAAGAAAUUCAUGGAUACUUAAUCAAACAUAAGUUUCUCCCUUGCACUGUUAUUGGAAAUUCACUUAUAAACAUGUAUGCUGAGAUCAAAUACACGGACUGUGCCUUGAAACUCUUUGUAAGGAUGGCCAACAGAGAUAUCGUUACAUGGAACACCAUUAUUAGAUGUUUUGUAAAGAAUGAACAGCCAAUUGAGGCACUGAAACUCCUUGGUGAAAUCAACAAAGAUCAUCUACAAGAUAAAGUUUCUCCAGAUUUCAUUACGAUGCUUGCAUCUCUAGAAGCCUGCUCAAACUUAGCAUUGUUGCAAGAGGGCCAAAUAAUACAUAGCUAUAUAACUAAAACAGGCUUGCUCAAUGAUAUUUUUAUCCAAAAUGCUUUGAUAGAAAUUCCGGAUGUUUGGGGGACUUUGUUGGGUGCAUCUGUACUCUUUGAUAACAUUGCAAUGGCUGAAAAAGCAGCAAAAAUGCUCGCUGUUUUGCAACCAAUGAGCAGCAUUUGGAGGGUGGCAUUAUCGAAUGCAUAUGCGUCUGUUGGAAAAUGGCAUGAGGUAGCAAAACUAAGAGUAGAAUUGAGAGGAUUAAAACAGUUCAGGAAGGAAGGAGGUUGGAGUAGUGUAAACAUUGGAGGAUACGAAUUCAGCUUCAUGGCAGGCGAUACACGGCAUCCAGAUAGUGAAACAAUCUAUGAAGUUAUAAAUGGAUUGCAGAAUCAUAUGCAAGAUGCUGCCUUUUUUGAUAAUAGAGUUGCAUUAACUUGUUAG